UAUAAAUUUUUGUAUUCAACGAUGGGUAAUCAACUUGUGGGUGUUGCUCCGUCGCAAAUCUAUCCCGUAGAGCAUUACCUGAGCGACCAUGUCGACUUAUCGUUUGAUCAGAGUUUGGGUUCAACCCGGUUCCUCAAAGUGGCCCGUGCAAAGUCCAGGGAAGGCCUCAUAGUGGUCAAAGUAUUUGCAGUCCAUGAUCCUUCCUUACCUCUGGCGGAACACAAAGAAAGGAUCUUGAAGAUUAAGGAACAAUUGGCUUCAACAUUUAAUUGCUUGCCCUUUCAGAGAGUUAUUCUCACUGACAAGGCUGGUCUGCUCAUGCGUGAGUAUUGCAAAUGCAGCGUGUACGAUCGUAUGUCCACACGGCCGUUCCUCACAAUUCUCGAGAAGAAAUGGAUCACGUUUCAAGUGUUAUAUGCAUUGCAUCGCAUGCAUAAACUCGGCAUAUGCCAUGGGGAUAUUAAGCUGGAAAACAUAAUGGUAACUUCAUGGCUGUGGGUGCUUCUCACAGACAUAGCUUCAUUUAAGCCAACCUUCUUGCCCGACGACAAUCCAGCGGACUUCAGCUAUUUCUUUGACACGUCGCGACGGAGAUUAUGCUACGUCGCACCUGAGCGCUUUGUUCGGGCGCCUGACCCAUCCAAUCGACCCAUUAGUGAUGACAAGUCUGGAGGCUUGUUGCUGAGUGAAUCACCAUGCAAGGUUGGCGAGCUUGUGCCUAGUAUGGACAUAUUUUCCGCAGGAUGCGCCCUUCUAGAACUUUGGAAUGAUGGCACACCAGCACUUGACCUCCCUGGGCUGCUUGCCUUCCGCAAUGGGGAAGACCGACCAUCGACUAUGACCCUUCCAGAGGGCAGCGACCCUCUGUUGAAAAACCUUCUACAUUCUAUGACAGAACGGAAUCCCAAAGACAGACGGAGUGCAGAGUUGUACCUCGAUGAAGCUAGAGAGAAACUGUUCCCUGAAUACUUCUACUCAUUCCUCCAGUCGUACAUGUUAAUAUUUUCUGCCCAGCCUAUAUUACCGCCAGACGAAAAAAUUCUCCGCAUACACCAGGACAUAAAGAAUAUCAUCAAAAUAUUUACUCAACCAUCUGAUGCCAAAAACUAUCAAGAUUUAGUAGAGGAGACCACAGAUAAUCAAAAUAUAACCAUAGACAAUUUAAAAGACGGCUUCAAAGUUUUACCGGUUAAUACCAUAGACUAUGCGGAAGAUUUUGAAAAAGCACCUGAGAGACAGGACUUGGGACCCGAUAGCGAAGGUCUGAUACUGAUUACGUCACUGGUGACGUCAUGUAUAAGAGGAUUACAUCAUUGCACGUCGAAGUUGUACAGUUUGGAGAUUUUGCAGUUGUUAUGCGAGAAUUCUAGCUCGGAAACAAUUUUGGAUCGGAUCUUGCCUUAUAUUAUACACCUGUCCCAUGACUCAGUGUCUCGAGUCCGGGCCGCCGCGGUCCACACAGCAGCUCGGUGUGUUGCUAUGGUCCGAAACCUGCCCAAAGCAGACUGCAAUGUCUUCCCUGAAUACAUCUUACCAGAACUCGCGUUGUGUGCUACGGACCCAGCCGUUACCGUGCGAAUAGCAACUGCUAAUAAUAUUGCCAAACUAGCCGAGACAGCGGUUCGUUUCCUUGACCAGACGCAGAACAUGGUAGACAAAGAAGCUGCUAACAUUAACUAUGAGACUGAACUAUCCGCUCUGCAUGAAAUGGUUCGUUCGACGGUGUACCAUUUAUUAACAGACUCCCAAGCUGUAGUUAAAAGAGCUCUAGUUGAAAAUGGUAUCACGAAGCUAUGUAUCUUCUUUGGGAAACAAAAAGCAAACGACGUAAUCCUGUCUCACAUGGUGACAUUCCUCAACGACAAAGAUGAAGCUGCGUUACGCGGGUGUUUUUUCGAACGCAUAGUCGGCGUCGCCGCGUACGUAGGACAUCACGCCGCUCAUAGCCUCGUAUCUUUAUUACAACAAGGUCUCACGGAUCCAUCAGAAUGGAUAAUAGCGAAAGCCCUUCGAGCCACAACGAGCCUGGCUGAACUGGGAUUAUUACCAAAGCAAUCUCUCUGCGAUCUGGUCUCGGAGAGCGCAGUAUACCUUGCUCAUCCGAAUCUAUGGAUCCGUCAUGAGGUAUGCGGGCUGAUAUCCUGUAUAGCGAGUUUACUGAACCCCAUCGACGUGAACUGCAAGGUGUUACCGCUCGUGUGGCCUCGUCUGAAGCACAAGCUCAUACAGGUGGAACGAGCAGAGUUACUACUGGAAAGUCUAGAAGAACCGAUACCUAGGAAAGUGCUGGAUGCUGUAUUAAGACACGGUGAUGUGGACCGUUUGGUUCAGACGCUUAGAGAACGACGUAGCGCCAGACUUAAAGUAAAACAAGGCAUGAUGCCUCAAUACAGUGAAAUGGGACAACAACUCAGGAAUCUGUUUCGAAGACUGGCUUCAGACGGUAUGACUGAGCUUGUGGAAAAUCAACUACUGGCAAUGAGCGCGCAUCUCAUCAUAAUCCAGGGGUCGUCUACACAGCAUAUCACCGACGCGCCGGGCCGGUUGGUGCUGUCAAACACCGGGAUUUCGAAGUCGACACAACUUGACACCGGCGCAGGCGACAAUGCGCUCGCGCACGCCAACGAACAACACAGACGAACUCACAAGACAUCACUAUCCCACGAGACGCACAUGAAUACAGAGUGGCAGCAUAUGUUUGGACAGUCACAUGAACAGCAUUCCACAAGAGGGCCGGACACUGUGUCGCAAUCUGCUGUAGCGUCAAGUGUAGCGAGCGUAGCCGUUUCUCAGGCUGCCUCAGUACAGCCCUCGCACUCCCAAAUGGGCCAUAGUGCCAGUUAUGUGCAAUAUAGCAUGGCACCGUGUCGUGUCGAACUGAGGAAUUUGACAUCGCGCAUGCAACAAAAAUUCCGAAAAUCACUGAGAAGCCACGACGAUUCAUCAGACACCAAUGAAGACGUGCUACCCCCGCCUGGAUGGCGACCAGGGAAUCAGCUCUUAGCGUACUUACAUGAACACAAGGCUCGAGUGAAUCAAAUGGUGACUUUACCCGCUCACCGUAACCUGUUCGGAUCGUGCUCCGACGACGGCUCCGUACGACUGUGGGACGCCCUAAGGCUCCAAGGACACGCUUACGUCAACAGAUCAAAAUCGAUGUACAACAGGAAUGCCGGCCCCGUCAUAUCGAUGGCAGCAUGCGAAGGCGGACAGUCGUUAGUCGCUGCUACACACGAGUCAAUAUUUGUGCUCAGGCUGGACAACAGUUCAUCUCGCAUGACGCUAUCCCAAGGCCGACAACUCGAGACGGGCGCGGAGGGCGCGGAAGGGGGCUGCGCGGCAGUUGCCUGCGCGGGGGGAGUUCAUGCCGGUGUCAUAUCUUAUGCCACGCUUAUGUCCACUAUUGUAGGAUGGGAUCUUAGAGCCCCCGGUAAUGCUUGGAAACUACAAGGCGACCUUAAACAAGGCGUGUACACGUGUCUGUACGCGAACAGCGCUGGGUACCUGGCGGUGGGCACCAGCAGCGGCGCCGUCGCUGUAUGGGACCUGCGGUUCCAGCUGCCUAUCACAUCAGUCAGACAUCCCAAUUCGGAGCGCGUACGCCGCAUAGUAGGCUUCGGACGUUCGUCGUCUCGCGUGUGGGCAGUGGGCUGCCGCGACGCCGGCGCGUGGUGCCUUGAGUCCACGCAAAGGACCCACGCGCUGUGGCCCUGCACUAACAGCCCGCAGCCGCUACAUUAUACCGUCGCUGCGUCUCACUACAUCGGCGCUGCUUACUGCGGUUCCCGCGACGGGUCCCGCUUUCUGGUGACCGGCGGGUCGGACCAGCGUCUGCGGUAUUGGGACCUCGCGCACCCCGAGGACUCGUACAUCCUCGUGCAUGCGCCUCACGACCAGCUCAAGUAUUGCCCCAACGCCGUCCGAUACAGGAGCCGAAUAAUCGACGGUACAACAGUUAUCCAAGAGUGCUGCAAGCUAAACCCGGUUGAGCCCGUCUCAAUACUGGACGACAACGUGUACCGCUCGGUUGAAUCGCGAUCUUUCUGCCAUACAGCGCCUAUCACUGACAUCACCAUGGUCGAAGCUAACAAGUGUUAUUUGGUCAGCUCUAGUGCAGAUGGUGUUAUUAAUGUAUGGAAAUAGAAUUGAAAAUAAAUAAACUUAAUAGUGUACAGUUAUUAACAUGUUUGUUUUGGGUAAAACGGCUCAUCCACCUAGCCGGUUUGACAAUCACGGUUAAGAGGGAGCAGAGGAAAAAUUGUAUGUAAAGGUAAUA